CGCACACGAUGGCGGGCCGCGGGGUGCUACGUGAAGUGAGGUCGGAGCCUGAGAAUGAUGAAAAUUUGCCGGUCAAUCCGGGCAACAUUCAGGACCGACCCACAGAUGAUGACCGGGCGCGUUUUGGUUUCAAACCCAAGAUGGUGAAGACGGUGGCUCCAGUGGGCUCCGGUCCCCCAGAGCCCCACGCCACGCCCACCGAACGCGUGCCGGUGCUGGAUCUGCAGACACUGCUGCGCCGCACCUUGGGCGAUCCAGAUGAAGUUUUGCCGGUGUUGCGAUUGAAACCCACCGCCGGGAAGUAUGACUUCAAAGACAAGAUCCAAGACUUACAGGCGAUGAUUGGACCGUUGAAAAACGCCCUGUCGGAUCAGAGGUUGAAGGCAAAGGCUCUGGUCGACGCUUUGCUGAGCAUGGAGAGUGGCAUCGAGCAGAAGCUACGAAGCUCCAUGGAUGAGGUGACGGGCCUCCAAUCCGCGCUGAACGAGGUCACAGGCCAGCUGACGUUGGCUCAGCGCGAGCUGCAGCAGCUGCGCCAGGAGCUGCCGCAGCUGCGACAAGCGGCCGAACAGUCGAAACGCCUCGAAGAGCGCUCGGAGACCUUGGAGCGUGAGCUGAGUGAAGCGAGGAGGAUCGCUCGAAGUUUCUCCGAAGAUGCAUCGAAAUACAAACGACGAUGCGAGGAGAUGGUCGAGAAGCAUCGAACACAGAUGGAAGAGGCCGCUGAACUGCUGCGGCGACAGGUGAACGAGACGAUUGAGGCUCAACAGCACCUGACGGAUGCACAUCAGAAGAAGGAAGUCUCGUUGCGAGCAGAGUUUGAGAAGGGCAAGGAGGAGUUGAAGAAGGAGCACAAGCAUCAGCUGGAGGAGUUCAAGCAGACCCUCCGCACCCAGGAGGCAGAGGCCAGGGCCAAGAUGGACACACUGAAGGAGCAGCACCAGAAGAUACUGCAAGAGAAGGAGGCCGACGCCAGUGCCAGCCUGCAAGCUAUGAAGGAUCGCUACGAGAAGAUGCUGAAGGAGAAGAUAUUGCUCCUGGAGGAGAAGAUUUCGCUUCUGAAGAACAAGGAAGAGCAGAUGGUCUCCAGCCAGCAGCAGUUGCAAGAGGCGCAGCUGGCAGAGCUGCAAGAGAAGGAAGCUCAGAUGCAGUUGGAAAUGGACCGCAAGGACGAGGAGACGAAGACCCGGCUGCAGGAACUGCAGAAGAGCCACCAGCGGAAGGAGUCUGACAUGCAGCUGGAAAUGAGCCGCAAGGAGCAGAGCCAUCAGCAACAGCUCGAGGAGAUGCGAAAGUCGCAUGAGCUCAAGGCCGGCUCCUUGCGCAAUGACCUCCAGUCCCUUCAAGGGCAGCUCAAAGAGAAGGAAGGGACGUUACGGGAGACCAUCCAGUCACUCCAACUGCUGCAAAACAGUUCCAGUGACCAGCUGCGCUUCGAGCAGCAACGAGUUCAGAAGCUGGAGACCGAGGUGGAGGAUCUUCGAAACAAAUCUGUGGCGCAGCUUCAGAAGUUGGAGCAUGCGGAGGUUGAAUUGGGCACCACCAGGCAGCAAGUCUCAGAUCUGCGACAAGCUUUGCAGCGCCUGGAAAAUGAGAAAGAGCUACAGUCCGAACGCGCCUCAGAGCGGCAGGCAACGCUGCAGGAGCAGAUUAUCAAACUGAAUCUGCGCAGCAAAGCGUCGGAAGAGGAAGCCUUGAAGCUGAAGGAGACGCUAGAGGUUCGCCAGGCUCAAUGUGAGAAGCUCACCUCGCAACGCGACGGGCUGGAGGUGGAGUUCAAGAGCUACAAGGAGCACCAUGGCACCAGCAACCAGCAGCAGAUGGAAGCCAUCACCGAGCUCAAACUCACUGUGGAUAAGCUCUCGAAGCAGGUGGACAACACCAAGGCAGAGCUGCACCUGCAACAGGGCAACCUCUCCCAGCGCCAAGGUUACAUCAUCUCCUUAGAGAAUCAGUUGGCGCAAGCGGAGCUGACCCGCCGGGAGCUCCACAACAUCAUCCAGGAGCUCAAGGGCAACAUCCGCGUCUUCUGUCGCGUGCGGCCGGCGUUGAGCGCCUCGGAUGUGGCGCUGCAGAGUGCUGAGAACAAAAUCACCUUGGAGCACCUCACAGAGACUUACAACUUCAACUUCGAUCGCGUCUUCGAACCCCUGGCCACGCAGGAGGCCAUCUUCGAUGAAGUCAGCGGUCUGGUGCAAUCAGCAUUGGACGGCUACAAGGUUUGCAUCUUUGCGUACGGCCAGACGGGCAGCGGCAAGACCUUCACCAUGCAGGGCGAGCCGGGCGUGGCCUCGGGGGGGCGAGGUCUCAUCCCUCGAUGUUUGUCGAAGAUCCUGCAGUGUUCAGAAGCCAUGCGCGCCGCAGGCUGGGAGUGGACCUUAAAGGUGUCCUUCCUGGAGGUCUACAAUGAGGUGCUGCGGGACCUGUUGGACAGCGAGGGGCACAACUUGGUCCACGUGAUCAAGCACGACGAGGCCUACGGCACCAUGGUGACCAACGUUACCUCAGUGGAGGUGAAACAGAUGGACCACAUCCAGCGGCUCAUGGAGAAGGCCGCCAAAGCACGUGCUGUCGGCUCCACCGAGAUGAACGCGACGUCCUCGCGGUCGCACUCCAUCUUCGCCAUGUAUUUGCACGGCGUCAACCGUGAGCUGAACUGCGAGUUGACGGGCGCCCUCCACCUGGUGGACCUGGCCGGCUCGGAGAGACUGGAGAAGUCGGGCUCGACGGGGGAUCGAUUGAAGGAGACCCAGAACAUCAACAAAUCGCUGUCCAGCUUGGCGGACGUCUUCAUGGCCAAGGCGGAGGGGCGCUCGCACAUUCCCUUUCGAAACAGCAAGUUGACCCAUUUGAUGGAGCCAUGCCUCAAUGGACAGGGCAAAACUCUGAUGGUGGUGAACGUUGGCCCUGAGGCCGAGCACGCCCAUGAGAGCCUGUGCUCACUGCGCUUCGCAUCGCAGGUCAGCCAGUGCAACACCGGUGGCAAACCCAAGCGCUGCGUGCGGCCCGCUCGCGCGAACGCUGCCAGUGGCGCUGGAAGGCAGGCUGGUGCGGAAAAAACCGCCCGAAGAAAGUGAUAUGGCGACUACGCGACUCGCUAUGUUUUAUGGCUAAAGGAUGGACCGAUUUUCUCCGAAC